AUAUAUAUAUAUAUGUAUUCAUAUAUAACGAUGAAAGAACAAGAGGCUGCAGGACGUAGCAAACUUUCGACCUUUCAUCUACAUGUAUAGUGACAUUUCACCUACAUAACAUGUGGAUCUAUAUAUAUAGAAGUAAACAGGGAACAACUCAAGUCGCUUCAUUCUGUGAAACAAAACAAUCUGAUCAAGACACAACUGCAUUUCGUCAAAAAUGGCAUCCUUGCGAAUCAUUCAAAGUGUGUUCUUCAUGGUCAUCAUGGUACUUCGCAGAGGAUUAGCUGAUGAUCCCAUGGUAACGGUACAACAAGGAACCUUAGUUGGAAAAACGGUGACUUUCGAUGAAAACAAAUUCAUCAAUGUAUCAAAACAAAUCGAUUUGUUUCUGGGGGUUCCAUUUGCUGAACCACCCCGUCGUUUUGAACCUCCUCGUCGGAAAGAAAAUUGGUCAGAUGUAUGGAACGCCACUUCUUUUAAAUCAUCGUGUUUUCAGAAUCCACAUCCAAUUAACACACCACCAAGUGAGGACUGCCUAUAUCUAAAUGUCUACGCUCCACAUCCGACGCCUUCCAACGCUGCGGUGAUGGUGUGGAUACAUGGAGGAUCGUUUAAUGAUGGCUCAGCGAUGUCAUAUGAUUACUAUGGGGUACCAUUGGUGGCAGUCGGUGACGUCAUUGUAGUUUCAAUAAACUACAGGGUGAAUAUCUUUUCGAGAUUAUCAACAGGAGACGAGGCUGCAAAGGGUAAUUUCGGAUUGUUGGACCAGGUUGCUGCUUUACAAUGGGUACAUGACAACAUCCAAGCUUUUGGGGGUGAUGAAAACAAGGUGACAAUUUUCGGAGAGAGUGCUGGUGCAGCUAGUGUUAAUUUUCAUAUGCUUUCACCACUGAGCAGAGGUCUCUUUCAUCAAGCUAUCAUGCAGAGUGGUACUGCUCUGGCACCAUGGGCCUUUGAGCAACACCCUGAAAAUGAUCGUCAAAAGGCUGAGAAACUUGGUGUUGAGAUGGGAUGUGAAGACGUCGCUGAUUCCACUCAUUUAGUUGAAUGCCUGAGAAAUCAAGACGCCAAUGAAUUGAUGACUACAGCUAUCAGGGUUUAUGGCAGCUAUCAGGUCACGUUAGACGGAGUAUUUAUGAAAGAUACACCGUCUAACCUAUAUAGGAGAGGGGAAUUCGCUCAUAUACCUAUCCUAGCAGGAUUUAAUAAAGACGAAGGAACUUUCGUCGUCGUAUUCACUCCUCCAUCUUUCCAUGGAACCCCCAAUCCCCCUCCAUUACCUCGGGUACUAUUCGACGGUCUGGUGAAAGACAGUGUUUCCGUUUACGGUGAUGAUGAACUUUUGGAAGAAGCUGUUUUCCAACAGUAUGUCGACUGGACGACGUAUGAUCAGGACAGUGUGAAUUAUUUCACUCCAAUUGUUGAUGUUAUAAGCGACAGUUUCUUUGGAUGUCCAACGGAUGCCGUCGUGAGGUACCAUGCUGAGGACGGAGAUGAGGUCUUCAAGUAUUUUCUGACGCAUGCCCCAUCAGCUACGAGCUUUUUCCAAAUAGGAGACACGAUCCCAUUUACACCUUGGUUGGGAGCGACCCACGGCGAAGAUUUGAUGUUCGUCUUCGGGAUGCCAUUCAUUGAACAACUUGCAGACAUCCAUGGUCACAACAUGACUGACUCCGAGAAAGCUAUGUCAGUCCAGGUCAUGAGAUAUUGGACGAACUUCGCUAAAUUUGGAAAUCCAAAUUCACUAAAUAAAGCUUCUGACUCAGAAGGGAACUUCGAUAGUUGGCCACAAUACACGAUACCGGAACUGCGUCAUAAAGAACUUUCCCCGAUAUUCAAAGAUGGUAGAGCCGUGAAAGCUAGACAAUGCCAGAUGUGGAAUGAAUAUUUAUAUGAUCUUGCAGCAAUUACAGGUAGUAUUGAUGAUUAUGAGAAGGAAUGGCGGGAGGGUUACACUAGCUGGACGAACUACAUGGAACUGUGGAGCGACGAAUUCGAAGCGUAUCAGAAGAACACGUCAUGCAAUAAAUGAGGAUUUAUUCUUGUUUAUGCAUUUAUUCCAACCAAAAAGAUGUAAUGACCCUCUGAAAAAAAUGACAAUGGCUCAACAAAUAAGACUUGUAGAUGUCACUAAUUUAUUAGACUUGAAUCGUGACCAUAUAAUGACUAUAACAAUGGUAAAAAAAGAUUAUCCUUUAUGAACAAUAAAGUUAUUAAAUUCAAUUCAAUCCCGAUACCAAUGACAGUAAUAAUAAUGGCGGUGAAGGUAGAUAUGGUUAAGGAGAUGAUGGUUAAGAGGCUGAGAAUGUAUCAACAUGAAUAUUUUAUUGAUGAUAUUGACAGAGGAAAAGAAAAAGAACACGGUGAAUAGAUUGGAAAAAGAUGGAAUCAUGAGAGUGAAAAUGAAUAAAUACAAUAACACUGUUAUCGUCUUGAAAGAGAUUUGUUGAAGUAUAAUAUAACUGAAUUCAGCUUAAAGUUACUCCUUGUAGGCCAUAGAGUUAUAAUAUGAUUACGACGUACAGUAUUAUACAAAUUGUUUACAUUAUACAACUUCUAAAAUAAGGAUCGAGUAAAAUAUGGCAUCGAACAAGAAGAAAACAAAACCAGUCCACGUCAAGCCAAAUCUCACAGGAAUGUCGAUAGACAAUUUAAAUAAAAGAUAGGAAUAUGAUGAUGGACGAGAAGGAGUGAAAUUAAAAUAUUGAGAGGAAGAAGAAGGAGGAGAACAAUAAGAAAAAGAAGAAAAAAAGAAGAAGGAGGGGGAGAAGGAGAAGGAGAAAGAAGACGAAGAAGGAGGAGUAGAAGAAGAAAAAGAGAAAGGAGAAGAAGAAGGAGGAGGAGGAGAAGAAGAAGUUAGAUAGGCAGAGGCAUAUCCGCCAUUAAUAUAUUGGUUCCCAGGGGCCCGUAACACAAAGCUUAGCAAUGAUCGUUGAACAUUUUUCUACGAUUGAUUACAUUGACUACAAUGUACAAUCAAUAGUGAAAAUCAAGCAUACGAUUAAUCGCUUACCUUCGUGUUACGGGACCCAGGUUGGUCUAAUCGAAAGGAUGACACCUAUUUAUGAAAAAAUUGAAUAAAUUGGAUUAUCUGUAUCCUGAAAAAUAACUUUCUGAAUAAAAUCUUAUGAUUUUUCUUCAACGUUGAA